GGCUUAAUAUUAAACCAAUCUAUUUAAGUUUUCUAUUAUAUUUUUAGAUUGUUCGUAUAUUAUUGAAGGUAAGUGAUAUUAAAUUUGACAAAAAUGAUCAAAUCAAUCUGUUCAGUAAAGAUUGCCUUAAUGGUAGUUUUUACGUUUGCCUUACUCAUUUUUAUAAACUACAAACUCGAUCUGAAAGGAAGUUCUACUGCUUGUUAUGUGAACCCAGAUUUCAGCGAACCUACAGACACCAGUAUUACCUUUGCAGUCUCCAGAAAAUUAUGUAUAUUUGUCUUGAACCAUUUGAAACCUUCUAUUGAAGAAGAAGCGCUUAAUUACGUCUUUCCCAAGCAGAAAAUAGAUCACCUAACGAUUGAUUCCAUGAAAAUGGAUGCUUUCAGUUUUUCAGCCUUUGAUAUCCGCUUUGCCUAUCCAGAUUCAGCGAAUAUGAUGUUGUGUGUUGCUGAUCUCGCUCUUAGCAUUCCCAAAACCGGAUUUAUCUUUAAAUAUGGUGUUUUCACCUGUCAAGGGACCUUUUCAACUGCUUUAAGCCAAACGACUGUUUGUCUUAACACUAAACCUUACAUCUUUCCAAAUGGUUCCUUAUCUUUGGUGUUUGGGGAUGCCGAUAUCAUAUGGGGAAAUAUGGAAAUCCAUCACGAGCUCGAUGGAUUUCUGUGUAACGCUGAAGAAAGUAUUGCAAAGAUUUUUGUUGGUGAAAUAAAUAAAUUUGCCGAGAAAAAUAUGCGUGAGCGGCUUCCGAAAAUAAUAGCUGCCAGGUUACAAACUAGCACUGAACAGGUUCUACAAUCGGUUCCCUCUCAUUUUUAUCAGAUAAACAUGAAUAAGAAUCGACUCCUUGUGGAGGUGGACUUGCUUCCUGAUAAGUUGACUGAGCAUCGCAAUCCUUUCAUGUCUUUGUUAUUGUCUUUUUACCUAUCGCCACAGUUUCCAUUCAUGGAUCUUGUCGUUGAUCUGCCAUCUACGAGCAUAAACAGUUAUUUUGAGCGCGCUCAAGCAAAUAAUUUACUGAAUCUCACGUUUCUUCUUUCCCCAGGGCUUAACAGUACGACGCUUCGGUACUUUUUCCCCAAGGCUUAUGAUCUUUGCCCGAACUGCAGACUGGCUGUGAUGAUGGAAGCCACCAAAGGCCCUUAUCUCAAAUACUCAGAAAAUACGGAAAUUAAUUUUCAGCUUUAUAGUAACGCCAUUGAGAUGUCUAUUCAAGAAUUCAAACUGAACUUUGUGAUGCUAGCCGAUACACCACAAAAGGCAUCUGAGGUUCUUCAAACUUUGCUGGAAAUAUCAACAAAACCUUUGCCCCUUCUUAAUGGUCUUGUCAAUGUAAUAAUAAAUGAUCCUACUUUCCUGUAUAUACGAGGCAAUGGAAUCAAAAAUUUGAUCAUGGAAAAAUCCACAUAUGCUUCUCUGAAUACUAUACCAUUAGCUCUUUUUAAUGUAGAUUUUGUUAUGGGGGUUUCAAAUCUGCAUUUUGACGGAUUACGACAGAAUGAACUAUCUUUUGAUGCGAUGCCACUUCGAGAUUUGAACAUAAGGCUACAGGAAAGUAAUAUAGGUCCCUUGAAUACGAAAAAAUUGGAGACUGGAGUGUUAAAUUUUGUGAAUCUUGUUUUCAUUCCAAUGAUUGAAACACGCAACUGGUUUAAGCUGCCCAUUGUUGACGGUUUAAUCGACAUUAAAGGCCAAGAUUUGAUUGUGGGGGCAAAUAUUUCUCUAUCCUAA